UUAAGAAAACUGGAGCAGUUUAGACUCUUGCUCUUUGCGGGCUUAACCAUUUGAGAUAGACUUCUAACUUGAUAACAAAAAAGCAGCACCCUAACUAAUGAUGGGGAGUUGCUUCAAUGUGGGAGGUAGUGUUUAGAAAAUCCGACACGUUGGCGUUUGAUAAACGGCAUUUUCGUAAUCAGUAAUCACGUGAUUACACCGAACCCGGAAACGACUUGACAACUUCAGCAACCUUUGCCACAAUAUUCUUGAAGCGAAUUAGGAAAACAAUAAAGAUGGUAUACUAAUAUAUACUAACAGGAAAAUAUUUGUAGUUGUCAAUCAAGUGCAAUAUGCGCUACCGUGCCUCGAUGGGUGUUUUUGGUUUGUUUUUCUGUGGGGGACUAUUGCGUGUGUCUAUGUCUAAACAAGAACCCGAAACGCCAGACUGGCGAAAGACUUUAAAAACAAUCCGUAAUGGAGUUCACAAGAUUGAUACAUAUCUAAAUGUUGCGCUGGACCUGUUUGGCGGCUAUGAUGGUUUGUGCCAAUAUAAAUGCACUGAUGGAUAUCAGCCAGCCCCUCGUCCUGGCUACAGACCACCGCCCCCUAACGGCUGCGGAUCUCCACUGUUUGGAUUCCAUUUUGACAUAGGAAUCCCAUCCAUGACCAAGUGCUGUAACCAACAUGACCGUUGUUACGACUCCUGCGGUCGUCAGAAACUUGACUGUGACGAACAAUUUCAAGACUGCCUUGAUACCAUCUGCAGGAACGUGCAACAGACUCUGGGAUUGGCCCAAGGGGUCCAAGCGUGUGAGUCAGCGGUGAUUUUGCUCUUUGAUGCAGUCAUGCAUUUGGGAUGUAAACCUUACCUGGACAGCCAGCGGGAGACCUGCAUUUGUCAGUUUGAGCUGAUGAAGGAGUUGUGACCAACAAAAAAACACUGUGAAGUGGGCUGUGAAGAGCAAGUGAUUACAUAAAACACUGGAAAAAGGAAACUACAGCUUUUCAAACUUUAAAAAGUAUUACUCAGGGUUUAGUGGUGGGGUAUUUCUGGCAAGUGAAUGUGGAUUAUAAGCAUUACUUUAUUAAUUAUUUAUGUAUUUAGAUAAUAUUUGAAUUCUACAAAUGUGCAAUAUUGUUUAAAUCGAUUACAUUCAAGUUAAUAAUGGAAUGGAAAACAAUGGAAAACGGCAAAUAAAUGUUUGUGUGGAAAUACAAUUGUUGUCUUCCAGGUCAAUCGAUUUUUGUUCGACCAGGAAACUACUGUAUCUUACAUCCUGUUCAUUGUACUAAAACGUAAUGAAGUCCAUAAAAAUAAGUUAACUUAAUAGAUAAGAUUUGGAUUUUGAUAUUAAAGAUGACAUAAAAAUCAGUGUUAAACUGAACAUGCUGCUGUGCUGUCGCACCAAUCAGACACUCUGCCUUUAAAAGCGAGCCAUCGUUUUAUAAAUUACAUUGUUAUUCAAUUAUUGGAGGGAUAUUAUCCUACACUCAUACCUCUACUGUACUGUGUCCCCCUCUUUUAUAGGGAGGUUGACUGUUUUAUUGGCAAGUUUAUUUAAAAGUCAGCAAGUAAGUAACAAAGUUGCUGGAAAGAUCAUGGGGCACCCAUGAUCUUCCAGCUGUGUUCACUAUACGUUGCAGGGCUCUCCUGUAGUAGUCAGUGCAGCUCCCGCCCCACACAGUGAUGCAGCUGGACAGGAUGCUCUCAAUGGUGUCCCGGUAGAAUGUGCACUUGAUGGGUGGGAGGUAGUGAACAACAAUCUCUUUGGUUUUGCUGACAUUCAGUAGGAGGUUGUUUUAUCUGCACCACGUGGUCAGAAGGUUGACUCCUUCCUGCAGUGGCUCUCGUCGUCCUUGGUGAUGAGUCCCACCAGAGUUGUGUCGUCCGCAAACUUCCCCAUGUGAUUGGUGCUGUUGAAAUUACAUUGUUAUUCAAUUAUUGGAGGGAUUUAACUUGGCAACAGUCCCAUACAAUUGGAGCAGCAGUAAUUAUUAUAUUUAAAAAAAUUAAAUACAACGUUGACUCUUUCAUAAAUGAUUAUCCACGUAACUUUAACUAUAUUGCUUAUACUUGAUCUAACUCCCCGCCCCCCCCCACACACGCCCUACUCCAACCAACCCCUGGCGAUCCGUUCGUAUAUUGGCAUUCUGGAACAACCAUCAUUGGCCAACAUGAAAAUAGAGACAUCUCUGAACCCAAACUUCACUGAGGAGUGCAUCUGCUGCUGGGGGCUUUCCAACUUCCAGCAACACGUGGCAAGUGGGGCCCACUUAGGGUAGCAACUUUCUAACUUACUUGCUGACUAUUAAAUGAACUUGGCAAUAAAACGGUCAACCUCCCUGUAAAAGAGGGGGAUACAGUACAGUAGAGGUAUGAGUGUAGGAUAAUAAUGUGUACCGUACAGUGAAGUCAGGGAAAGUCAUGGACAAUGCAGGAGGACAAGGAAUCCAAGUUGCCAGCUCCCUUCUUUUUCUUUGUUCUUCAUGUAAAAAAUAAACUGAAAACUGCUGUAAGGUAUCUCUUUUUGAUUUUAUAUGUUGUUGAAAUAAAUAUAUCCAGCCUCCAAAGGAAUUGGAUUAAGACUUU